AUGGGUGCACCGACGUUAAAGGACCUCGAAGAGUCCAAGACCGAGGUGACAUCUCCAGUAUAUGUUGAUGAAGACCCCGAGGCCCUCAAGGGCGAGAUCCACCAUGGGCCAAACACAGACACUCAGCGUGGAUUGUCUUCCCGACAGCUGCAGCUGCUUGCUCUUGGAGGUUGUAUUGGGACCGGUCUAUUCGUAGGUUCGGGAUCCACGCUGUCGACGGUGGGCCCAGCACCACUGUUCAUGGGCUACUGUGCCAUGUCGUCGGUGGUGUGGUUUGUGAUGAACGUGCUGGGCGAGAUGACCACCUAUUUGCCCAUCAAGGGCAUUUCGGUGCCUUAUAUGAUAGGCCGCUAUACGGAGCCGAGUAUUGGAUUCGCUGCUGGAUAUAAUUAUUGGUACUCUUUUGCCAUGUUACUGGCAAGUGAAGUGACGGCUGCCGGGAUCAUCAUCCAGUACUGGACCACCUCCAUCAAUGUCGGGGUGUGGAUCACAAUCAUCCUCCUCGUGAUUCUGCUACUCAACAUUAUUGCGGUGUCAUGGUACGGAGAAGCCGAGUUCUGGUUUGCAACGUUAAAGAUCCUAGCCAUCAUUGGCCUGAUUAUCCUGGGUGUGGUGCUCUUCUUCGGCGGUGGUCCCAACCAUGAUCGGCUAGGCUUCCGCUAUUGGGAUAACCCGGGCGCGUUCAAUCCCUACUUGGUCGGUGGAAACACCGGUCGCUUCCUGGACUUCUGGACAGCUUUCAUCAAGUCUGGCUUCUCCUUCAUUUUCUCCCCCGAACUUAUCACCACUGCCGCUGGUGAAGUUGAAGCACCCCGUCGCAAUAUCCCGAAAGCCACCAACCGGUUCAUCUACCGAGUCUUUGCCUUCUACAUUCUGGGCACCCUCGUGAUCGGUGUCACAGUCGCUUAUAAUGAUCCUAAACUCAUGUCCGCGGUUGCCAGCGGUAGCUCUAGCGCCAGUGCCAGUCCUUUUGUUAUUGCCAUCCAGAAUGCGGGUAUCUCUGGGCUGAACCACGUCGUCAACGCUGCUAUCCUGAUCUCAGCCUGGUCCUCGGGUAAUGCAUGGUUGUUCGCUGGUUCUCGAACCCUGUACUCGCUCGCCUGCGGCGGCCAGGCCCCCAAGAUCUUCACCCGGUGCAACCGCAACGGCGUGCCUUACGUAGCCGUGCUGAUCACCUGGGUGGUCGGCUUGCUGUCCUUCCUGAACCUGUCUGACUCAGGAGAGACUGUCUUCUACUGGUUCACGAACAUCACCACAGUGGGAGGGUUUAUUAACUGGGUGCUCAUUGGUAUCACCUAUCUGCGAUUCCGCAAAGCCUUGACCUACCAUGGACUGCUGGACACGCUCACUUUCAAGACCCCUCUGCAGCCCUACGGCACAUACUACGUUAUUGUCGUCGUGUCCCUCCUGACCAUCACGAACGGAUAUGCAGUUUUCUUCCCUGGCAACUUCACCGCCGCCGAUUUCCUGGUGUCGUAUAUUGUGGUGGCCAUCUUCCUGGCCCUCUAUGUGGGCCACAAAUUGUGGUACCGGACUCCAUGGAUGACAAAGGUGUCGGAGAUUGACGUGUUCACGGGCAAAGAGGAGAUUGACCAGCUCUGCGCGAACGACUUUGAACGGAAGCCACGCAAUUGGCUGGAGAGGGUAUGGUGGUGGAUUGCUUGA